AUGGGGACCCCCGAGUCCGGACCGACCGCGAGGUCAGGCCUGGCUAUUAUUUGCCCGCAAACCCUGCCGGACUCGCACGAGGCCGUUUCCAGCAACCAUGGACCCGACGAUCCUCAGCAUCCACAAGAGUCGGCGGCUUCUGCUGCUGCCGCGCUUUCUGUGACUCCCACGGCCCCAAUAGACGUGCCUUCCAUACCAGGCCUGCCCUCGCUGCAGAUUCGUACCGACUUACCCAACAUUCGUCCCACCAGCUCGCAUCGCGACUCCGAUCCCUUGGCUUCGAUCAGUUUGUCCUCUGGCAGCCUCCCGCAACGCACGCCGAGUCUGCGCGCGCUUGUCGCGCCCGCACUAUCCAGUGCCGGCUCUUUGUCUCCGGCCUCGAUCAUGUCGUCGCCCCAGCUGAACGCCAUGGGCGAUAUUACCCCGUUGCCGUCGCCUCUCGGCGGGGCAGUACCGUGGCGGCGCGGCGAUUUACCGUCCUUAUCUCGCACCUCCUCCACCGCGUCACGGAGCAAUUCGAGCUUGCGACUGAGUGACUCAUCGCAGAUGCUAGGUCCUCCCGUGAUCACUUCGCGGUCCCGGAACAACAAAUCUUAUAAUGGAUUGGAUAACCCGGCGCAAGAAUCACCGAGUCGCGUUCGUCGCGACUCGCACACGAAACACCAUUCCCGCAACCGCAGUCUCAGUGACUAUGCGCCUCCGGGUCGCAUGUCCAUACCGCGCCCGGUUGCUGUCUCAGGUGCCGGUCCAAGCAUUGCGCCUUCGUCGAGCACCGAUUCGAAAUCGACGGGCCUGCAUCGCGAACAUCCUCCCCGCAGCAGUGGAAGCGGGUAUGGUGAUAGCGACACGGAGCUGGUCAUUCACCACCCUACACCCCUCUCCAAGUCGGAGGAAAUAUACUCGGUCAAGUCGAUUCGCACUCAACAAGCCCGGUUGUACCGCAAGAUCCGAGUUCUGGGCCAAGGCACGUUCAGUCAGGUCAAUCUCGCUGCGCGAGUAGAGCAAUUGCCUGAAGCUCCUCUCUCGCCGGAUACCGAUGGCGCUGGCGAUAUUAUGCCCAUCCCGACAAGUCAGAAGUUGGUCGCGGUGAAGAUCAUCGAGCAUGGUCCUGCUGGGGGAGCCGAUGAGGAGCGUCUAGAGAUUUCCUUGAAGCGCGAAGUUGAGAUUUUGAAAUCGGUGAACCAUCCUUCGUUGGUCCAGCUGAAGGCAUUUGGAAGCGAUGAGAAGCGUGCUCUGCUGGUACUGGAUUAUUGUCCUGGGGGGGAUUUAUUUGAAUUCGCAACUUCGGGCCAACGGCCCAUGUCACCGGGUCUGAUUCGUCGCGUCUUUGGCGAGUUGGUCGAUGCAGUCCGUUAUUUGCAUUCUCACUAUAUCGUUCAUCGGGAUAUCAAAUUGGAGAACGUCUUGUUGACCAUGCCGAUUCCCGCUAUUGAGUCCGUGACGGACUGGCGCACAUAUGACCGUGCCGUGGUUACUCUCAGUGACCUCGGACUGUCUCGACGUAUUCCCGAGCCACCAGAAAGUCCGCUCUUGCAGACUCGCUGCGGCAGUGAAGACUAUGCGGCUCCAGAAAUUUUGAUGGCCCAGUCCUACGACGGCCGUGCCACUGAUGCAUGGGCUCUGGGUGUGCUGCUCUAUGCCAUCAUGGAGAACCGUCUGCCAUUCGAUGUCCUCCCUGGUACUCGAGGCGAUCCGGCGAAACUCCGCGCACGUACUCCUCAUCGGAUCGCGCGUUGCGAGUGGAGUUGGUACCGAUAUGCCAAUGAGGACGAGGAGUGGGACCCCGAGAAGGGCGAAGGCCUGGAUGGUGCUCAGCUCUGCGUGGGAGGUCUACUUAAGCGCAACACCAAGCGCAAAACGCUGGAUGAGAUUGCCGUCAUUCCGUGGGUGCACGAUGCCAUCGAUGUCCCUGCUGGGCUGAAACGAAGUGAUAAAGAGGUGCCAUAG